CACUGCUCUUUUGAGUUUUUUUCCAGCUAAAGAGAUUAAAAAAGCAGCUCCUGUCUAGUCUCUUAGUCUUCAAUGUGCCUUCGAACACACCUGCCCCCCAUAACUCAACAAAUUACAUUCAGAUUGCAUCUCUUUUUUUAAAUUUGAUUUCCUGCCAGAUGUAGCAAUGACCCAGUUAAUUACGCUUUCCUGAGCAUUGUGAUUUUGACGUGACCUAAUAACCCAGUAUAGCUUUCACAGGGUUCCCUAUAUUGCUUCAGCAUGAUGGCGUAGCCUUUGAGGAUGUGGUUGUCAUGACAACCUCCUCCGGAAGAUUCAUAACCUCUGCCAACCCCCCGUCUGUGGUGCAGAUGUUCGCAUUAUCCUGAUGAGAAGAGAAGAGGGCUCCCACUCCACAACAGCCACUGAAAUUAAACAACUGUGUCCCAUUGAGCUUCAAGAUCCAGCUCAUCUCGUACAGAUGCAAAAUAACUCGCUCUGUGUUGUCAUGGGCAGGGGAUAAAGUUGAGCCCUGGAGGAGGAUGAUGCAAGACAGCAGCCCAGACCCAGACCAAGAGGCCAAGGCCCGGCAUCAGGCUCAGCUGGAGCAGCGCCAUCUAGAGACCUACAGGAACAUGCACCAUCUCAGAGAUGCUCUCUAUCGCCGCUACGCUGCUCUGCUCAAAGACAAGGUCCACUCCCAAAGAUUACUGCUGCAGCAGAGGGAAGAGACAGUCAGGGCAAAGUCAGAGAACAAAACUAAACAGAAACAAAAGAAGUUGUCCUUCUCCAAGCUGCAGCACAAUGACUCAUACCUGAAGUCCAUCCCCAAAACCAGUUAUUACCUGAUCUUUGACCUCCAGAAACAGUUAUCUGAAUGUGGACAUCUGAAAACCCACCACGACUUGGAGGACUUUUAUAGGUGCAUUAAGUAUAAUGGUCACCCAUCACAGCUACAGAGAAGUCUGCAGGAUGUCACAAAAAAGAUGCUGGAAAGCAGGUCUGCAGCUGAUUUGACAUCUCAGUACGAGAAAAAACAUCCCUGCACUGCUGAAGAAAGAGGACAUGAGGAUGACGUUUGCUGUUCCAGGUUAUUAGAGCAAGGGUCUGGUUCAGGGGAGAGUUUGACGAAGCAGAUCCUCAGUGGCAGCCAGGAGAAGGAUGCAAUUGAGCAAAUGUUUCCCAAGAUGAAAGUCCCCACGUUUGCAACCCUACAGCCGAACAUUAUGAGGAACUUCCAAAGCAAGAUGCCUGAUUUGAUUAUACCUGAGAUUCCUGAGAAGAGCAGGAAAGCAGAGAUUUACUUGAAACAGCUGAGACGAAUGCAUGAUCUCUGCUUAACCAACAUGACUUUCUCCCAAAGACUGUUGGACAGAGAGACAGACUUGCUGUGCUGGCAGGAGGAGCAAGGCGUCCAAGAUUUGGUGCUUCCCAGCAUUAACUCCAAACAAGGGGAGAUGAGCCAAAGCAACCAGCCACCUCUCAGCUCUCGGAAACAGCCAACAAGUGUCCAGAAUGACCAAACUUCAUGUCCACAACAGCUGAGCCAAGUGAUCUCAGCCAGCCAUCAGUGUUUUGAGACUCUGGUUUUGGACACAGCAGUGUGCUGCUGUAGAACACCAGAUCCCUUAUCCAUUGAAGAUGUGUGUCAACAAAAGCACAUACAGAUAAUUGAUCGUGGGUGUAAACUAUGGAGGAACUACACAGAAAACACAGAUCACUGAAGAUAUCACCACCAUAGCUCCUCCUAUAGGGACAUGUAGUGUUUUGUCCUAUGUCACAUUGGUUAACUU